GCUUCUGGCAGACGUGUUCCAGUGAUUUCACCCAUUCGUACAGUUUCAGCUGGCGUGUUCUGCGAGGACUGAGGGAGCCGGGUGUUAUUCGGGUCACUUGCUACCAUGCGCCCCGCUUUUGCCGUGGGUCUGGUGUUUUCUGGGUGCUGCAGUAAUGUGGUGUUUUUAGAACUUUUGGCCAGGAAGUUUCCAGGAUGUGGAAAUAUAGUGACGUUUGCUCAGUUCUUGUUGAUAGCCAUAGAAGGAUUCAUCUUCCAGGCAAAUUUUGGAAGGAAGCGGCCCCUGAUUCCAAUGAGGUAUUAUGUCAUCAUGGUGACUAUGUUUUUUACGGUCAGCGUGGUGAAUAACUAUGCACUCAAUCUCAACAUCUCAAUGCCACUUCACAUGAUAUUCAGAUCGGGAUCAUUGAUUGCAAAUAUGAUCUUAGGUAUAAUUAUUCUCAAGAAGAGGUACAGUGCUUCCAAAUAUAUGUCCAUUGUUUUGGUGUCUUUGGGGAUCUUCAUUUGCACAUUGAUGUCUGCAAAACAAGUGGCAUCCCAUUCAACAUCAAGUGAGGAAGAUGGUUUUGCAAACUUUCUCUGGUGGCUUUUAGGUGUUGCUGCUCUGACCUUCGCUCUUUUACUGUCGGCCAGAAUGGGGAUAUUCCAGGAAACACUCUAUAAGGAAUAUGGGAAACAUUCUAAAGAAGCCUUAUUUUAUAAUCACGCAUUACCACUGCCAGGAUUCCUGCUUUUAGCCCCGGACAUAUAUAAUCAUGCGGUGAUGUUCUCACAGAGCGAACCGUUCCAGUUGCCGGUACUGGGAAUCCAGAUGCCGAUCAUGUGGUUUUAUCUUCUCAUGAAUGUGAUCACUCAAUAUGUAUGUAUCCGUGGAGUAUUCAUUCUCACUACAGAAUGUCCUUCCCUUACUGUCACCCUAGUUGUCACCUUGCGGAAAUUUCUAAGUCUCAUUUUCUCCAUUUUGUACUUCAACAACCCUUUUACCACUUUGCACUGGAUUGGCACCUUUCUAGUUUUCAUGGGUACAUUGCUGUACACAGAAGUGUGGAACACCUUCCAGACUGCUCCUAGCAAGGACCAAAAGGAAGCCAAGAAGGACUAAACAUUCUACGUAUUCUUUAAAGCAAAUGUUGCUGCCCUAAAUUGAAUGAGGGGCCCAGCACUAUUUAUAUUCCUUCUGUUGAACUUUGCAAUUUAGAAAAAAAAUUUAUAUUGUGAGAAUGGUAAGACAUCAGGUAAUCGGUUUUUAGUAGGUAAAUGUCAGUGAUGGGUUAUAUAACCUGUUCUUUUAGGGUACAGUCACAUUUAACAGGUCCGCUGUGGAUUUUCUGCAUCGAAUAUGGCCAUAAACUGCAAUCAUAAAACCUGCCCAAAAUGGGCAAAUCUGUUUACUCUGCAGGUUUUCUCCGUAGCAUGUGGAUGAGAUUUGCUGAAAUCUUUGCUUGUAUGAGAGUCUGCAGCAUUUAUGCCACAUGUGGCCGUACCCAUAUACUGUAGGCAGAAAGUGCAACCAAAUGUUUUGGUGCUACAGGAUAGAAAUAAAAAUGUGAAGAAAAAUGGCAAGUUUCAUAGAGACUUAGAGGGGGUGUCCUGUAUUAAAAAAGCAUGGUUGCUUUAUUCCAAAAAACAGCCCCACACCUGUCCAUGGAAGUGAAUGGGGCUGAGAUGUAAUACCACACACAACCUGUGGACAGGUGGGGCACUGUUUUAGGAAGAAAGCCACCAUGUUUUCUAGUCCUGGAGAACCCCUUUAAGAUAGAUGAAUAGUCUCUUUAACUGUAUCAAAUGAUACUAGUUUGUUACUUUGCAUUUGUAGUUUUCCAUACAAGUGGAUCUAGGUGAGGCGUGCACACCAUUACAGUUUCCAAAUGUCCUAGACCUGUGAGGCCAACCUCCGGCACUCCAGCUGUGGUAAAACUACAACUCCCCACAAUCGCUUGGCUGUUUAUCAGAACUCCAUAGAAUAAAUGAAGCAUGCUGGUAGUCGUAGUUUCACCACAGCUGGAGUGCCGGAGGUUAGCCAACACAGCACUAGAUGUUUUCAUGUUUGGUAAUUCCUCACUAACCAGUCAGUAUUGUAUCUUCCACAACAGCAGACAUAAGCUGGUGAAGUAGUGUAAGUUAGUAAUAGCACAGAUCUGUCCUGCUCGUGUAGGAAAAGGCUUACUGUCUGGUGCUCAUUUUGGUAUCGUUACGUUACUUAGUGUUAGUCCUGCUAUGUUUGUGUAUGUACUAGAAGGUUUCUUUAAUUUGAAUACACUCCACAUUAUCCCAGGAUAAAGCACAUCUCCUGCAUUCUUUUGUGUGGUCAAAGACGAUGCAGUAGAACUGCAUGCAGACUUGUGUAGGCCCACUGGUGACACAUGGUGACUUCAAAAGGGGUUUUUAAGUGAACACAUCAGUUAGAUGGGCUAUAAGGCUGGGACAGCAGGAAUACAUAUAUGGUUAGAGGUCCCCAUUAUUGUGGAGAGCCGGCUGAACGUCAUCAUUCAGCUGUAUUAUCAGGGUCAGCAGAGGUUGACCAUAGUGACCUUCAAUAGAGAUGUCAGGAAGUCCAGAAAAACAUCUCCAUUCCCAUGAUCACUACUUUCUCCAGAUACUGUUACGAAGAACAUAGUGAAUAUUAGCAGGUUGUUUUAGAUAAUCUGGUAUCGAGGAUUAUAUGACAAUUUACAUAGAGAUGAACGUGUACAGUCAGGAGCUGCUGGAAAGACAACACUUUUAUGAACAGUCCUACCUAAUUUUAUAUAUAAGCUGCAGAUACAGGGACCUUCAGUAUUAAAGCGAAAGUGACGUACAAACAAUAUUCUUGAUACACGAUCAAAAGCUUAAGAUGUAAGCCACAUUCUGCCUUUGUCUGACUUCCAGUACUAUACUACAGUUAGUUUUACUUUUGCAAUUGUGCCUUACUUUUAGAUCCGUUAUAGAAAGAGUUAAAACUAUAGUAAUAAAGUAUGAAUUCCCUCCAACUG